AGUAGUAAUAGUGCCCUAAUACUGGAGUCCAUUUCAGUGUGUACCAUUUAAAACUUCAUGGAAACGGAUCAUGCCAUAAAGCUAUAAAUGAACUCGUACUAUUAGUAACGUGCCUUUAGUUACGAUGUAUUACUACGUACCUGCACGAUAAGCCGUGUGAAAUGAAGUUGCUUGGGACAAGUGUUUUACAUUCAGCUAUUUAUAUAGCACUUGAGAAUCACAGCGCUGAGAAUUUUGAAAGUAAAAAGAUAUUCUGGUAAUAAACCUGGAUCUAAACUAUUUAUGGAAUGCUUUUGUGUUAAUGUGGACGGAAACCGUGAACAGAAGUGCAUAUUUUUUCUAAAGUUAGGCUUUUAUCUAUUCUCUAACCUGUUUGUGGCAAAAAUGACGGUUAUCAAUGUAUUGUAUUUCUGAAGAGAUGUUACAAUGAAUUUUGAUAUUUUGAUUUAAGAAUGAUAAUGGAUAGACUAGAGCAUUUUAAUGCCCAGUCAAGGAUGCAUAAUGACAAAAAGAGGCAAAUUAUUCCAAUUCAGAUUAAAUGAAAAAAAAACCGACGAAAAUUAAGAAAAUUAAGCAACAGAAUGAGACAGUUGAAGUAAUUGUCCUUACAUUAACACUUACAUUUGUAAUACAGCCUAGUUUCCUUUAAUACUGUAAAAAAUAAUGAAAAAGCAUAUUAAAAGCAAAAUAAUUAAGUCUGCGUUAAGCGAUCCUCAAACCUUUUUAGUUUGUUUUGGUUCUAUGCCAUUUUUGUUCUAAUUUGCUGUUCCAAAUUCUUCAGAUAUAUCAGUAAAAAUGGCAUUAUUUUAUGAUAGAAAAAUUUAAUUUAGAUGGUAAGAUAGAUAAUGCAGGUUAUUAUUAAUUCAGUUUUUAUAACGAUUGGUUUGAGUUUUUGAUUUUUAAAAUUAUUUUUUCCCCGAUUUUUUCAUAGCACUUGGAACAUUAUUUUAAAUAUAUCUAUACUUCGAUCACUCUCGAAUGUGUUCAAUUGAUAACAUUUUAAAUUCAAAAGAUUUACUUAGAAUAGUGUCUCACCAUUGUUUUUACUUCUGGACAUUAUUAUUGAUUAUUAUUAAUUAUUUAUACAUUGGAAAUAUUUAUAUUUUUGAGUAAUAGACAGCAAAUGAAACAGUUGAUGAAGACAUUCCUUUCAAAUGCAUGGUUAAGGUUAAUGUGUUUUUUAAUGAAAAUAAGAACAAUUUAUUGAUUUAAUUAAUUUAUAAGCAUUAAGUGAAAUGACCUUCAAAAAAUGCAACAAAAAGAUUGAUGCAUAGAAUGCUUUUAAUUUCCAAUACAUCGUGCACUUCUUUACAACCCACACAAUCGUUACCGUAGCAGUAAAAUCAGCACACAAAUCACAAUCACCGGUAGACCACCAUAGCGAAUCCGAAUCGGUCCCAACAUAAUGCACCAUAAAUUCAACCCUUGAUGUGUGUGCCGCCGACACAAGCAAAUAAAACAGUAAAUUAACGCCCGGAUGGAUCACCAACCGAUUAAAACCGCACAGGUGUCUGGUGACCUUCCCGGCUGGUCGGACGGCGCUACUGCAGAAGCACAAAAACGCAAACAAAAACCCUCUACUGCCGGUCCUUAACCUACGGCGGUAUCUCCCGUCGCCAGAAAGCGAGCACUAUUUGCAAGCAUUUUAUCGUUCCAGUUGCAGCCAUUCUUCCGCAAUAUUGUGACCGAUCAACCCGAACGAUGAAACAAUAAACACGGCGGUAACAGGAUUCGCCGGUACCCCGGGCAAGUCAUUCCGCCCCGUGUUGUUGAUUGUGCAGAAUCCCACAUUCCUACCCUGCGCGAAGCGAAGAGGGGAGCGAACUGUGCAGCGCAGAAAACGAAUCCUUUCCAAAAACCUUGACCGUCCUUGGACGAUCGCGCACUUGUCUCCCUCUCAGCAGACAGGCGCCCAAAGAACUCCAAAAACAAACCGAGAAGCUAAAAACCAAAACAAAAAGCCCAACAAACCAGCAGCGAAACCACACAAACGGUGCAAUCGGGACGAGUGAUAUGCUGCUGUCUGUCCGGUUCCUUCCCGGUUUGCGAAACUUUCGCUGCAACCUGCUGAAAAGGUGAAGGCCUCAUAGCGGCCACCACCAACCAAAGUGGCUAAAUAUUUGAGCGAUCACCGUACGCGUGAAUUCCUAACGUGCCCCUUCGAUGUACAAAAAAAAACGAUCGCAAGAUCAACGCCAAAAGAUCGAGAGUUGUUUGUAAACAACGUGCAGAUUUUCAGUUCCGCGCGGAAUUGCGCGCGCGCGCGCGCUCACUCACGAUGGAAUUCUAUUAUUUUUCAAUCAUACCCUCCCCCCGCCUAUGGGGAGCUGCUUUUUUUGCACACUCUUUUGUGCGAAGGUUAUCCCAGCGUAAGGGUGAAACAAGGUGUCGAACCACACACAGCAAACCUGUUCGGAUCGCUACGAAUCAAGCGCAAACGCCAGGUGUCGCAGGCACGAUGCCUUUUGCCCCGUUUUGUACCGAGCGUUUGCUCCAAAACUCGAUCGUUGUUUGGUCGUCGUCGUGAGAUGAGAUCUUAACCCGAGAAAGGAAAUGCUCGUGCUGUACUGUCGCGAGAUCUAAUAUCCGGAGACAUCUAGAGACGGGCGGUACGCGAUCGCGAUCGUCUCGUGUUGGGGAGAACGAACAUGAACCUGCGCGCGCACGCUGCCUAAACACAUCAAUCAAGAUACACGGGAUGGGAAGUUCCGUUUGGCAUUUUUGCAGUUGUUCGAUUAUAUGCGGUUCCGGUGGCGGUGAAGUCUGAUUUAUGAUCUGCAUGUGAUCUUCGCGCGAUUUUUCCUCCCCCACUUUAAAGAUCAGCUCUUGCGACAAAGACGCUGUACGGGAACACGUGCGGAAGCUUUUGACAGUCAGUUGGAGAGACAUGUCGGAACAUUCCAGUGUGGGGAGAUGUGGAGGGAGAGCAGAUGACUUUAUCACAACAAUGCCCUCCCGCGCCUGCGAUGCUGAUCGGACAAAGACGUUCUUGACGUCCGGAGGGAUUAGCAACGUGUACUGGCGGAUUUUGUUGUGUGCGCUUGCUAAUGCUGCUGCUGCUGCUGCUGUCGUCUCCGUCUGGCAGCUUCAAAAGAGCACGCUACUGAGCGAGAUUAGAGUGUCAAUUUGCAUAUGCCACUCACGGAGCAGGUUGAAAGGCUUAGCGGGAGUGACAUUUUCGAACUGAUCGUGUGCAAGAAUGUUGCAGUUCUAUUUUCCGUAUUUUCUAAAUACCAUCCAAUUAUCAAACCAUAAAUCACUUAUUUUAAAACUACUUUUCCCAAACACCUUGUCCGUGGAUUGUGUAACCGGGUUAACCAGAGCCUGAGUCCGGUGGGGCAUGUCCUCAAAGCAGUCCUUAAUCCACUUACAAACCACAAUAAGCUACAUAAUCAUAGCGCCCUCUGGCUCUCUCGGCGACUGAUAACCCAUCGCAUUCGAGUACCAUUCGAGUGCCGAAGAACGAAUGGGGCGACCCAAUCGAGCCGUAAUCAAUCAGGUCGAUGCGGUUGUAAAGAUAAACCGCCAGGGCCGUGGCGGUUCCGAGAGGGCUCCCCAAUCAGGCCAGUUCAUUAGACCACCCGACCCCUAAGCGCCAAGUGGACAAGCCAGGGAUAAACGCAGACUGUAUUGUUCGAUCGACACUGUUGGGGGCUAAACAACGCGAACAACCGUUGCCAAUGGUGCCCGUUUGUUUGCUGAUUUGUGUGCCUCCAAGUGGCGCUACCAAGUGUCACCGACAUUAGUGUGUGCGAUCAUCGGCUACAUAUCUUCCAACAAGUCUGUUACGAAAGGUGGCGGGGAGAAGAAAUGUUUGAACGGGCCCGCCAACGCAGAACACGUCCACCGGCUGGCAAGGUGGUCACGUUCCUUCCCCCCUCCUGCUGUACCGUGUAAUGGAGCGCGUUUUGUGAGCGGUUUAUACACUUCCGGUCGUCAGUCAGGGAACGAUCAUGCGGGCCGGCAAGUGCGUCAUGGCGGCGUGUGAUCGAUCGAAUACACAUUUUUGCAUCCGUUUUUGGAACUGUUUCGUUUCGUUUUCGGGCGAGUGGGCAAGUGGACAUUCGUCGUGGGAUGGCUUUUAACCUCGGGUGGCAGGAACAGGGGGGGGGGGAUGCAUUGUUUUCGAACCCGUAGCAGGGCACGUACAAGUUCAAGGAAUGGAUAAAUGUGUUCGAAUCCAUGGUAACAAUGAAGGCUGAGCAGGAAAAUUAAGACAUUCGAUGGUAAAGGGUGUUACGACAUUCCAGCAGAAACAGGGGUACAGGGUGUCAUUCUUGUUGAUGGUUGAAUUUUGUCUCACAAUCAAUUGAUUUUUUCCACUUCUUAUGCCUGAUAUGAUCGGUGUUUUAUUGAUUAUUAGUAAAAAUAAUAACCAAAACCAAUUCGCCUAGUAAUCUUCUUCUUCUAUUUGGCGUAACGUCCUACGCGGACAUACCGGCCUUUACAGCCUAUCGAGAAUUAAUUCAUUAUCACGCAGCUGGAUAGUCAUCAAUCCUUGCUACGGGGGGUCCAUUUUAGGCUUGAACCCAUGACGAGCAUGUUAUUGAGUCGUUUGAGUUGACGACUGUACCACGGGGCCGCCCAAGUAAUAUUUUAUAUGAGAUUUAAUUGAGGAUUUCCAACUAAUAUCGAAUCAUUUUACAGCAAACGUUGGAGUUUUUUAUGUUUGUGUUGUGUAAUUAUUUUCAUUCUAUUAUUAAAAUAAAAAAGGCUCGACUUUAUUAAAAUUAUGUUUUUUUUUUUAAUGAAAAGUAUAGGUCAAAGUAAUUUUAUGAAAAGAUAUGAAACAUGCGUUGAAGAUCGUGUCAAAUAUAGAGAAUGAGAUAUUUAAAAAAUAGAAUUUACAAAAAUCAGUUAAUCAGUUAAUUCUAAAAAAAUAUAAGUUUUCGUCAAACUUUGGCCCUCAGACAUCAAUUUUCGACUCUCAAGCACCUAUUUUUGUCUGUAAGUCAGUUUUUUUUACUCUUGUAAGAAUCAUGAUACAUUUACAAGAUAUUUGAGCAGAUCUAUGGCAACUGCUGUACAAAAAAGCAACAAAAAUCGUGUAGUUUCAUGAAUUUGAAUGAACAAUUAAUGAAAUUUAAUAACUUCUAAAGCCAGUUUUUACACCUCAAAAUCAUGCCACAGCUUUUCACACUCCAUUAAAACUUCCAAAAUUGGCAUUAUAUUUGUUAUAUUUUAAAUUAUAUCAAUGAACUUGUUAACUACUUUACAUACCUUCUAUUUUGAAACACUUUUUAAUAUAAAGCAAUUCACAAGUCAAAAAUGGUUGCCUUAGAAGCAAUUUUGACACACUGUGCGCCUUAGGAAUUGAAAAAAUGUGCUUUAGAGACACAAAUAAUUGAGUUAGAGCCAAAAGUUAGUCCCAACUACUGUAUUAUACACAAUCAGUCAAAUAUUAAAAAAACAGAAAAAAACAGUAAGAGAAAUAAAAAAAUGUAAUAAAAGUUACAAAAAUAAAAGAAUAUGGUGCAAAACUACGACAACAUGAAGUAACUUAAUUGGUGGAAUAAAAGAAGAUAGAAACCAGACCGUUCUUUCUGCAUUGCAAAACUAUUGUAGCAAUCCAAAACUAUAAAAAAGCAGUAAAUAAACCAUUAAAUACACAAAAAAAAACUACAUUGACCAGCAUUAAUGUUUAAUGCAAACAACUAUAACAAAAUCCUGCAAGUAAUAACAAACUUUUGAUAAGAUGAAGUAUCUCCUAAAGACAUAAAGAUCAAUACAAGUGACAUUGCAAUAUUGUUAGCCUGAUUAGACGAUCGAUCACAUCACCCAUCAGCAAUGUACUUCUACUUCACUCCGCCUUUGCCACGACCCACUGAGAAUCUGCCGAGAACGUCCUUCCGUGUCAUUCUAACUACAAUCUUCGCCAGUACUCCCGGAGCCUCAUCGGCACAGUCAUCUCGACGCGCUUUGUUUGUUGUUUCUGGCGCGCAUUCGACGCUAUCGCACGGCGCGUCGCAGGACACAUUUUCAAGGGCAAAACGGUUGGCGUCCACCACCACCAAAGGGCGUUGGUCACGUUUCGUAACUUGACUUGCUACUCCACUUAACGCCGGCCGAUCUCCGCGCUACUGCCGAAGCAUCCGUGGUCAAGUGCUCCCGAUGACUUGUUGGAAAUGUUUUCAAACUCCGCAGUGCGUAGCGAUGUGUGUUUGAGCCGCAUUACAAACUUUACUACCAGUUUCUCAGUUUCCCACCCGGCCCGGUUUCUUAUCGAUCAGGUUCCAAACACACCUCAGAGGGGGAGGGGGCACCGAUCCCCGAUGUGUGUUGAGCGGGAGGGAUUUGUUUGCAGUUUGAUUUCUUCGACACACUUCAGCUGUACCAGGCUGAUAAGCAUGCAUGGAGGUUUUUGGGGGAGGGGGUGUUUUUAUCGAUCGAUUGAUACUGGGAGUGGGGGAGAUACAUUUUACAGUGAUGCAAUGACCAUUCAGGAAGCGGUCAAAUAUGAUUAGUCGAUUGGAAAUAUAGAACAGCGACACAUUCGAUCAAGUGCAGCCGGAAGCAACUGGACCGUUCUAAACCAUCGCCAUGCCUCGAAAUCGGAAAGAUGAAGAAGCGCAAGAUGAACCCCGCUGAUGCAACGAUGGAUUUAACGACGGAGGAGGAGCAGCGACGUGCAUCCUUAGGCCGGCCGGGAUUUUUCAACCCGGCGGUGAUGCAGCAACCCGGAACAUCGCAGCCGCACGUUCCCUCCGUGCACGAAGUAGCGUUCCAUCAUCAGGUGUCCCCAAACGGGCACCUCUAUCCGCCAUCGCAAUUGGGACCCGCAUCAGCGCAGCCGGUAUCAGCGCCAUCGCAAUUUGUGCAACCGCCAUCGCAAACGGGCUCAGCUGUAGUGGAUAACGCCGUACUCCUGCAAACGCUGAAAAUGAUGCAGCAACAAAUGACCCAGCAACAGCAGCUUAUUAGUAAAAUAAUGGCCCAGCAAAUAAGCCAGCCCGCAUUUACGCCAAAUUUCAAUCCAGAGCAAGCAACGGAAGCAUUAGCCAAUUCGAUUAUGGAAUUUCGGUUCGAUCCUGAAGCUGGCAUCACCUUCAGAACAUGGUUUUCCCGGUACGAGGAGCUGUUCAACGAGGAUGCUUGUCGGUUAAGUGAUGCAGCAAAAGUGCGACUUCUUUUAAGGAAGCUAGGUGCAGCCGAGCAUGAUCGGUAUUUGUCGUUUAUCCUGCCCCUACGUUCAAGUGAAUUUUCAUUCAAGGAGACGAUCGCAAAGCUCGCUGUGCUGUUCGACGUGCAGGAAUCCUUGAUAAGCAAAAGGUACAAGUGUUUGCAGCUUACAAGGAAACCUGAAGAGGAUCUGCUUACCUACGCAUGUCGUGUAAAUAAAUCAUGCGUAGAGUUCGAGCUCAGCAAGCUCGACGAGGAACAGCUAAAGUGCCUCUUAUUCGUUUGUGGAUUAAGAGAAGAACGAGACGUCGAAGUGCGAACCAGAUUGUUGGCGAAAAUCGAGGAUCGAGAGCAGAUUACGUUGCAGCAACUGUCAGAGGAUUGUAGUCGCAUUGCCGCACUAAAAAGAGACAGCGCAAUGAUACAAGAAAAUGAACGGCAAGUACUCGCAUUGCAUAACAAUAGUAAUACAAAAAUAUUUAACAACCAUACUAAAGCUAACAAUUCGAGUUUUCAGCACCGGCAAUUCCCCAGAAGAAAUAAUGUCCAAAGAUAUGAUAAGCAGCGUCCUCCCGCACGGAACACCCAGCCCAGCCGACCAUGCUGGCUUUGUGGCGAUAGACAUUGGGUGCAAGACUGCGAAUACAAAUCGCACACAUGCCAAGAUUGCGGAAUAGAAGGGCACCGAGAAGGACACUGCAAUACCGCAAGUCGAUUCGGAAAGUUUCGGCACAGCCCAUCAGCGGAGGCUAAAAUCGUCACGGUGAAUGCUUGUGCAGUCGCAGUAAACCCGAGCGGUUUCGGUGCGCGCCAUGUACAGACGCUGUUGCUGUUUUUCGCCCUCACCGUCGCGUACGCACUGCGCGUCAACCUGUCCGUCGCGAUCGUGGCGAUGGUCGACCGGAAGGCGGCCAACAAGGACUACGAGGAGUUCGACUGGGACGAGGAAACGAAAUCCGUCAUCCUGAGCAGCUUCUUCUGGGGCUACGUCGUGACGCAGAUCCCGGCCGGCCAGCUGGCGCAGCGGUACGGGCCCAAGAUACUGCUGCUGUUCUCCAUCGGCGUCUGCUCGCUGCUGGCCGUGCUGACACCGUUCUGUGCCCAUGCCGGUGGUGCAAAGGCAGUGAUAGGGCUCCGGAUAGUGCAGGGCUUAAGCCAGGGCUUCAUCUUUCCCUCCACCCACACGAUGCUGUCCCGGUGGGCACCGGCAUCGGAGCGGGGCCGGCUCGGCACGCUCAGCUACGCCGGCGCCCAGUUCGGCACGGUGAUCAUGCUGGCCGUCAGCGGCGUGCUGGCCUCCUCCAGCAUGGGCUGGCCGAGCAUAUUCUACAUUUCCGGCGCGGUCGGAAUGCUGUGGUCGGUGGCGUGGUUCUUCUACGGCAGCAACUCGCCGGCCGACUACCGGGGCAUCGCACCGGAGGAGCGCGAAUUCAUCGAAAGCUCGUUCGGGCCGCAAGAUCACAGCAGGCGCAUCGUUACACCGUGGGUAGCGAUCCUAACGUCUGCGCCGAUGAUUGCGCUGACGGUUGCGCACUGCUGCCACAACUGGGGCUUCUGGACGCUGCUGACCGAGAUGCCCACCUUCAUGAAGGAGGUGCUCGAGAUGGACAUUAAAAAGAACGCACUGCUGUCGUCGCUCCCGUACCUGGUGAUGUGGAUGCUAAGCUUCGUGUUUAGCCCGCUGUCCGAUUUCCUCAUCAAUCGGCAGUAUUUGUCACGCGUGGCCAGCCGGAAGCUGUUCAACACGAUCGGGCUGUGGGUGCCGAUGGUGGCCCUGCUGGGGUUGGCGUUCGUGCCGAAGGGUUCGUCCGAUCUGGCGAUCGUGCUGCUGACGCUGGCGGUCGGCAUCAACUCCGCGACGUACCUGGGCUUCCAGGUGAACCAUAUCGACCUUGCCCCGAACCAUGCCGGCACGAUGAUGGGCAUCACGAACUGUGCGGCCAACAUCAUGUCGAUCAUUGCGCCGCUCAUCGUCGGGCAGGUGAUAUCGGACGCGACUGAUCCUAUUCAGUGGCGCCGAGUAUUCUACAUUGCCGCCGGAGUGUACUUCUUCGGCAAUCUUACCUUCAUCAUCUUUGGCAAGGCUGACAUUCAGCCCUGGAAUGAGCCAGAGUCGCCUAUCCCUCGCACCGUGUCCAAUGCAAACGAAACCCAAUCUGCGCGAAAUGCCCACAACACGGACGGUAACAACGCGAAUCACAGCGAUUAAAGGCAUCUCGCGGGGGCUGCUCUUGCUAGUCCACAACACAAAUACGCUCGCAAAACACAAACCGCCCAAUCGUCAAAUCGAAAUAUCAUUCCGAGGAAAGGAACUGAGUAGAGACGGAAGUGGAUGGGGAAGAACAUUACUUGUUACAGUCAUAUCAUUUAGUAUUAGAUAAGGAGAAACAAUUGCAAAAAUGGGAUAUUACACUACCGAAAUCCUAAAACAGAGAGAGCGAGAAAGAGAUGGAUGUAUUUUUUUAGCAAGCAAAGGCCUAAAAACGGGCCAAAGAGAUGCAUAAAAAAGGGAGUUGAAAAAAAUAACAUUUUGCUAACAUGUUGUUUUUUGUCAUCCCCUUUUCGCUAGCUGUACGCCCUCCUGUACAGCAUCCGUAGAAAGAUUGGCUAUAUUUAUAAACCGUUAUGCUAAUGAUAGUAAUAAUGAUAAUAAAAAAAUACUGAAAUACGA